AUGAUAUUUUCUUUCUUUUUCUUUCUCUUUUUUUUCUUUCUUUUUGUUUCUUUCUCAUCUUUCUUUUUUUCUCUCCAUUUCCUUUCUCAAAUUUUCUUUCUUUCUCUCAUUUUCCUUCCUCUUUCUUUUUUCUUUCUUUCUUUCAUCCUUUUUUCUUUCUUUUUCAUCUCUUUUCUUUCUUUUUUUUCGUUCUUUCUUUUUUCAUUCAUUCUUUUUCUUUCUUCUUUUCUUUCUUUUUCAUCUCUCUUGUUUCUUUCUUUCUUUCUUUUCGUUCUUUCUUUUUCGUUCUCUCUCUCUCUCUUUCUUUCUUUCUUUCUUUCUUUUUUUCUUUCUUUCUUCGCUUUAUCUCUUAUCAAAAUGACUAUUAUUAUAAUUACCAUUAUCUAUCUAUCUAUCUAUCUAAGUCUGUUCCUAUCUAUCUAUCUAUCUAUCUAUCUAUCUAUCUAUCUAAGUCUGUUCCUAUCUAUCUAUCUAUCUAUCUAUCUAUCUAUCUAUCUAAUUCCUUCUUUUCUUAUAUAUUUUACACAUAUCUGUUCAUAUCUAUCCCUCUAUCUAUCCAUCUCUCUAUCUUCUGUUCAUAUUCAUCUAUCUAUCUAUCUAUCUAUCUAUCUAUCUAUCUAUCUAUCUAUCUAUCUAUCUAUCUAUUGUUCAUAUCUAAUUCAUUAUUCUAUAAUUUUCACUAUCUUUUUAUUCAUCUAUCUAUCUAUCUAUCUAUCUAUCUAUCUAUUUAUCUUUCUUCUUUAUCUAUAUAAUUUGACACAUAUCUAUCUGACUAAUCUAUCUAUCUAUCUAUCUAUCUAUGAUUAUAUCUGUUUGAAAUAA